AGAAAAUGACCGCUGUAAACGCCAAAUUCCCUGUACCACUCGAGUCAUUCAAGAAACUUACACUUGACUACAAAAACCCACAAUUAAGCAGCCAACAGAGAGCAGACCUUUUGCAUAACAUCAACAUCUUCAGAGAUGCUAUCGUUGCAUUCACUGCUACUGGUUCUGCAAGAGGUGUCUCCGGACACACUGGUGGUCCAUUCGACACUGCACCAGAAGUCUGUAUUUUGUUAGCAUUCAUCAAUGCUAACCCAGAAAAAUUCGUUGACACAUUCUUCGAUGAGGCUGGUCACCGUGUCGCUACACAAUACCUUCUUAGCACAUUAGAUGGCCAUAUCUCUCCAGAGCACUUACUCAACUACCGUGAAGCACACUCCAAGCUCCCAGGUCACCCUGAAUUGGGUCUCUCAGAUGGUGUCAAAUUUUCGUCUGGCCGUCUCGGCCACAUGUGGGCAAUGAUUAACGGUGUUGCAAUGGCAAACAGAUCAAAGAAUGUCAUCUUGUUGGGUUCCGAUGGUUCACAACAGGAAGGUAACGACGCUGAAGCUGCACGUCUCGCUGUUGCACAAAAUCUCAACGUAAAGGUUUUCGUUGAUGACAACGAUGUUACUAUCUCCGGUCAUCCAUCACAAUACUUGAAAGGUUUCAACACUGCCAAGACUCUCGAAGGACAUGGCUUAAAGGUCUUCAGAACAGAGGGUGAAAAUAUUGACAAACUUUAUGCUUCAAUGUGUGAAAUUAUCUCUUACGAUGGUCCAGCUGCUGUUGUAGCUUCAAGAAAGAUUGCACCAGAAGUCGAAGGUAUUGAAGGUGAAUCUCACGCUCACGAUGUUAUUCCUGUCGCUGUUGCUAAGAAAUACCUCACGAAGCGUGGAUACUCAGAGGAUCAAUUAUCAUUCUACGACCAAAUCAAGCCACAAAAAUACCAAUAUGAAUACACUGGUGUUUCAGCUGACAAGGGUGCCAACAGAGUCAUCUUCGGUGAAGCUGUCAACCUUGUUCUCGAUAAGCUCUCCAAAGAGGAGGCACAAAAGCGUGUCAUGGUCAUUGACUCAGAUCUUGAAGGUUCAACUGGUUUGAAGGGUAUUCAUGCAGCCCACCCAGAAGUUUUCAUCCCAUCUGGUGUCAUGGAACGUGGUAACUUCUCAGCAGCAGCAGGUUUCGGUUUCGGUGGUAAUGGUGAGCGCCAAGGUGUUUUCUCAACAUUCUCAGCAUUCUUGGAAAUGUGCUUAUCCGAAAUCACUAUGGCAAGACUCAACUACUGUAACUUCUUGUGUCACUUUUCACACUCAGGUGUAGAUGAAAUGGCUGACAACACUUGUCACUUUGGUCUUAACCACUUCUUUGCGGACAAUGGUUUGCUUGAUACCGCUCAAACAAACCUUUACUUCCCAGCUGAUGGUGAACAAAUGAAGGCUGUCGUUCAAAAGGUCUUCUUCGACAAGGGUCCGAAGUUUGUAUUCUCCACCCGUGCUAAGGUUCCAUACAUUUACAAGGAGGGUACUGAAACCAAGUUAUUCGGUGAAGGAUAUGACUUCGUUCCUGGAAAGGAGGAAGUAAUUAGAAAAGGUUCAGCAGGAUAUGUCAUAUCAUAUGGUGACAUGCUCUACCGUUCAUUAGAUGCAGUUGAGCGCCUCCGUAAAGAAGGUCUCGACGUUGGUUUGAUCAACAAGCCAACCUUGAACGUCGUCGAUGAGGAAACCAUCAAGGAAUACGGUAAAACAGGAUUCGUCUUUGUAGUUGAAUCAAUUUCACAAAAGAACGGUCUCGGAUCUAGAUUAGGUACUCAGUUGUUACAACGCGGAUUCCACACCAAGUAUGACUUCAUGGGUGCUCACACCGAGGGCUGUGGUGGUGUUGAAUUCCAAAUCCCACACCAAGGUUUAGACUCGCCAUCAAUCCAAGCAAGAAUCAAGAAGGUUGCUGGCCGUAAAUAAUUUUAUUGAAAUAAGUUAUCAAAUCACGAUUUGUAAUGUAAAUAUUUAAUGUUUU